GGACUCGUGGCCUCCCCUGGCGAGGCACCCCUCGGGGCUGGAGGACGGCUUCGUGGCCUCCCCCGGACCCCGGAUCGCGUCAGUUUGGGCGGGGGGGGCGUCCCUGGGUCCGGGCGAGUGCUGAUCUGGUCCGUUUUUGCACAAGGCGCCUGUGUCGGGCGGAGCCGGUGUGAGAAGAGAGAUCCCCUCCCCCCAACCCCUCCCCGCCGCCCGGGAUAAUCAGAGUUUUUGGCCGGACCCUUCUGCCCACCGAGAGAGUGCGGAGUCAGGCGGAAAGAAGCACACACCAUGGCGCUGAAACGGAUUAAUAAGAAUGACAGCCCAUAUCAAGGCGGUGUAUUCUUUUUGACAAUUCAUUUCCCUACAGACUACCCCUUCAAACCACCUAAGGUUGCAUUUACAACAAGAAUUUAUCAUCCAAACAUUAACAGUAAUGGCAGCAUUUGUCUCGAUAUUCUAAGAUCACAGUGGUCUCCUGCUUUAACUAUUUCUAAAGUUCUUUUAUCCAUUUGUUCACUGCUAUGUGAUCCAAACCCAGAUGACCCCUUAGUGCCAGAGAUUGCACGGAUCUAUAAAACAGACAGAGACAAGUACAACAGAAUAUCUCGAGAAUGGACUCAGAAGUAUGCCAUGUGAUGCUACCUUAAAGUCAGAAUAACCUGCAUUAUAGCUGGAAUAAACUUUAAAUUACUGUU